AUGGUGGGAGGUGUCGGUCUCCUAUUGGGUGGUUUGAGGCAUUUGAGGGUUCGCCCAUGGAGAACAUAUUUGUUGAGAGAGUUAGUGGAUAGGGUGAAGCUUACUCAGGAAAAGUUUCUAGCAGCUCAAAUUAGACAGAAGAUGUAUGCGGACCGAAAGGUUCGAGAUUUAGAGUUUGAGGUGGACGAGCAGGCCAGUCCGAUGGGUGUCAUGCGAUUUGGGAAGAGGGGCAAGUUGAAUCCGGGGUAUCUUAGCCCAUUUGAGAUCAUCCGUAGAGUUGGAGAUGUUGCUUAUGAGUUGGCCUUGCCACCAGGCCAGUCCGGUGUUCAUCCGGUCUUUCAUUUGUCUGUGUUGGAGAAAUACCAUUCUGAUGGUACUUACAUUGUCUAUUGGGAUUCAGUGUUGCUCGACGAGAAUCUGACCUAUGAAGAGGAGCCGAUAACGAUCUUGGAUAGGCAGGUUUGGAUGUUAAGGUCCAAGUAG